AACUGGGGCGAUAUAUAGCGCAAGAUGGCGGCUCUGCUGCGGAAAGGACAACAGUUAUGGACAUUUAUGACCAAAAACAAUCCUGGAUUUGACAGAGUUUUGGAGAAGGCUGAGCUUGCUGCAUUUGGCGGAGGCAGAUGCAUUAUCAAGAUGACAGUAUCACAAGAGCAUGAAAACAGAAUGGGAACUUUGCAUGGUGGCCUGACUGCUACUAUGGUUGAUGAUGUAACAACAAUGGCUAUUAUUAGUCAAACAGGUCAAGCUGGAGUGAGUGUUGACAUGAAUAUAAGUUACCUGAAGGCAGCAUGCCGAGGAGAUGAAGUGAUAUUCGAGGGGAUCUGUAACAAAGCUGGCAAGAAUCUUGCCUUUAGUACUGCUGAGAUAAAGCUCAAGGAUGGGACUGUGUUAGCUAUGGGAAAGCACACUAAGUAUAUAGGGAAUAGUCCAAAAGUAAUAGAUUUUGAUGGUAAUUGUAACCAAACUCUAUACUAAUGACUCCUGUGGUGCUUUAUAUUGCUAUUCAAAUCACUGCAUGAUAUUUUAAUUGCACUACUUUUCACUACUUUCUGAGCUACUGUCAUCAUCUUUUAUAUCACACAGACAUUGUCACACUAACAUGGCAUGUUGUUAAGCGUUGAAUAUGAAUAGUUCUCACUACCAUCUAUCAAAUACUUUCGUUUUACCAUAUAAUACCUAUGUCAGCGCAACUCCAUUAGCAAAUUCUAGGUAUGCUUCUGGGGCAGUUACAAUAACAUCUCAACUCAUCAGAUAUGACCUGUUCUUAGUAGGCAAGUCGCUCUUGGUAUAAAGUUUACUGUAUUUUGCUUCUUCUAACGCCUUGACAGUUUGCAUUUCAAUUUUUAAUGGUAUAUAUUUGCCAUUCGUCAUAAUAUCAUGAGACAUGCUGAGACUUAAGUAUUAUGAAUGCUCAAUAUUCUAGCAACUUAGCCAGGUAUCACUUCUAAAAAGUAGGUAUGUCUCCAAAAGUAGGUAUGUCUCUCUUGCUACAUGACAGACACCAGGAAUAAGGCACUAGCUCCAUUACAAUAAAAUAAGGUACAUCCUGGAGUUCCAAAGAGUGAGGGGGGGGGGGGGGGGUGCCACCUCAGAUAGAGCUCUGCGCAGUAGGAUAGGGUAGGGGUGGGGGGAUGCAUUGAAUCUUUCUUUUUCUCUCAUGGAUUUCUUGAUAUUUUUUUCAUGUUUUUAUGCAAGAUCUCGAAAAUACGGCGCCUGAUCAUGCUAUGCCUACUAAAAAGAAAACAUCAGAUUUCUGUGUCGGAUAUUGACCACGCCCAAGGACAAAAUAUGCCAAAUUUGCAUAGAGGGAUAGAGGUCGAGGAGCAUUUCUUUGCAAAGUGCAUUGCUUACGGGGAGCAAAAAAAAAGAGAGGCACAAGUCACAUUAUAGCACUUUUUCCUAAAAUGUAUAAAACUGAAGGAGAAAAAACCCGGAAAUAUUCAACGAAAAUUUGCAAAAUUUACAUGGGAUGACAUGAAGGAAAGGGCACUCGCUUUCCUUUUUCUAUUUAAUAAUUCAUUAGAGUUAAGUUCGUGAGCCAUGAAUUUCCCACAAGGUCCCACACAAGGUCUCAAAAUGUCUAUGCCUAUCAAAUUCUCGGUUCCUUGAUGGCGCCAAUCAGAGCCUCGAAUGUCGCUUUAUUUAGUGACAGUUGUAAGGUCGCGUUCGGCACAAGCUUAUCGCCUGACCCGUCAUUUAUAAAGAAACAUCCUCGGAAACCCAUUGCCUAAGUGUCAGCAUUUUUUUAGGAGUGAGAAACAUCUUGUCUCCCCAGUCCCCCUUCAGGGCGUUAAGUCACAGGCUCGAGAACCAGGCACAACAAGGCCGCCUGAGGGGGAGGGGGUUGGGAACGGGAGAGACGAAAAAGGAGCCCUCCACCCCCCACCGCCUCGUUCUCGCGCCUCGUUACGCUGACCAGGUAAGACAGACAGAUUACUUGUAAACGCUUUUACAUUGGUGUAUAUCCAAUAAAUUAAGUCAUUUAAAUAA